AUUUUCGUGUUCGUAUUUGUAGAAGUCGACAACAUUAUCAUCUUUUUUUUUUUCAAAAAUAUUAAAUAUUAGGUAUCGAGUUGUUGCCACAUGCCACACCAUUAAGGUCAAUACUCAAUGAUUCAUGUUUUUUAUUGCAGUGUUGGUGGGAUGAAUGAAUGAAUUAUGCUUGUAUUACACCGAUUCCUAGUAAUUUUCAUGGUCAUCUCCGAUAAAGGAAUCAAAGCCACAUAUUCUAGUCGACCCCUCAAAUAAUCCUUCACCUACUCAUAAAUCGGAUAAGUCAGUCAUAAACUCUAUAGAAAAGGAGUUACCCGAAACAAUUUUAUAAGUUUCAACACUUUACUUUCUUCGCACAACUCCGACUAACCAUGCCACCACCGAACACUCCACCACAAGCUACGCCACCACCGUUCUUCUGGGGUGAUACACCGGAGGAAGAAUACUACAAAUCCCAAGGCGUCCGGAACUCCAAAUCCCACUUCGAAACCCCCAACGGUAAAAUCUUUACUCAGUCAUGGCUUCCAUUAGACGAAGACCAACCAGUUAAAGCCGUCGUCUUUAUGACCCACGGAUACGGAGGCGACAUCAGCUGGUGUUUCCAGGAGAUCUGCAUCGCGUACGCCAAGUGGGGAUACGCGGUCUUCGGCGCCGACCUCAUUGGUCACGGCGGAUCCGACGGACUCCCUGGAUAUAUCGGAGACUUCGAUAAAGCUGCCGCAACUUCACUAUCGUUCUUCGUUAGUGUUCGCCGGAGCGAACAGUACCGUAAUCUCCCGGCGUUCCUUUUCGGGCAAUCGAUGGGUGGACUAAUCACCAUGAUUAUGUACUUCCAAUCAGAACCCGACAUGUGGUCCGGUUUGAUCUUGGCGUCCCCACUUUUGAUCAUACCCGAAGUCACGAGUCCCUCCAAGUUCCAUCUGACAAUGUACGGACUACUGUUCGGACUGGCGGAUACGUGGGCUGCGAUGCCGAUGCGUCCGAGGGCAAAUGGGGUAAGGGAUCCGGAGAAGAUGAAGUUAAUAGGUAUGAAUCCAAAACGAUACGCCGGAAAACCAAGGGUGGGGACGAUGAGAGAGGUGGCGAGGUGUACAAAGUACGUAGUGGACAACUUUGAGAAGGUGACUGUGCCUUUUUUUGUUGCACACGGGACAGCCGACGGGAUGGCAAGCCAUACUGGUGCAGAGCUGCUGUAUGAGAAGGCUGCAACUCCGAAAGAAGAUAAAGAGUUGAAGCUUUAUGAAGGGUUGUAUCAUUCGUUGAUUCAAGGGGAACCAGAUGAAUCUGCUGCUAUUGUGUUGGGAGAUAUGAAAGCUUGGAUUGAUGAGAAGGCUCAGAAGUUUGGCCCUACAUGUUUCAAGAGAAAUUGGGAGGAAUUUGGCGAAAAACAAAGAAAAGACGCAAAUGUAAUGGCUAUAAUGCCACAUAAAAACCAAAGGUUUAUAAAGUAUCAUUAUGCCAUUUCCAAUGUAGUCAUGCAUCCUAUGACGCCAGGGUACGCCCUUCCCAAUGUAGCCAUGAGUCCUAUGACACCACGAUAUGCCCUUCCUAAUGUAGCCGUGCGUCCUAUGAUACCACGGGUAAGGUUAGCACUUGCGACUACUGCGGCCAUCAUGAAGAUAAAACUUAUCAAUUGGUGA